CAUUUUCCAUAAUAAAUCAUUUUCCUUUUUUUUAUUACAAUAAUAGAAUCGGAUAUAGUUUGGAAGCUACUAUUACAGAUUGUCCUCAUUGAAUUUUUCUUAAUGUCCAGUACCCAUUUUUCAUUAAGGUAUGGUAAGUGGUACUAACCAUAUUCAAAACCAUAACCAACAUGAAAAUGGGGAGAAAAACCCAACAAAGGGAGGAGCUUCUAGGUCGUGGGGCACCACCGUUUCGGGUCAAUCCGUUUCGACCAGUGGUAGUGUUGGCUCUCCCUCCAGCCGGAGCGAGCAAGCUUUGGCUACACCAGCUAGUGACAAUACUUUCUUAAGAAUGAACCAUCUAGAUAUUCACCGGGAUGAUGCUGGAUCUCAAGGUGCUGUUGGUUUCGUUUGCAGUGGUAAAAAGAAGAAGAGAGGACAAUGUGCACUUGGAGGCGAUAAGAGCGGCAGAGGACUCCGCCAAUUUAGCAUGAAAGUUUGUGAAAAAGUGGAAAGCAAGGGAAGAACCACGUACAAUGAGGUAGCAGAUGAACUUGUAGCUGAAUUUGCUGAUCCUGGCAAUGGUGUAGAUUCACCAGAUCAGCAGCAAUAUGAUGAGAAAAACAUCCGUCGAAGGGUUUAUGAUGCCCUGAAUGUUCUAAUGGCAAUGGACAUAAUAUCCAAGGAAAAAAAGGAAAUACAGUGGAAGGGACUUCCAUGUACUAGCGUUGGUGAUAUCGAAGAAUUAAAGUCUGAACGACUUGGACUGAGAAACAGGAUUGAUAAAAAGGUUGCCUAUUUGCAUGAAUUGGAGGAACAGUUUGUAGGUCUUCAGAAUCUGAUUCAACGAAAUGAGCAACUAUACAGCCCAGGGAAUGCUUCCAGCGGGGGCGUGGCCUUACCUUUUAUCCUGGUGCAGACAUGCCCUCAUGCAACUGUUGAGGUAGAAAUGUCGGAAGAUAUGCAGCUGGUACAUUUUGACUUUAAUAGCACUCCAUUUGAGCUCCAUGAUGAUAAUUAUGUUCUGAAGGCAAUGAAAUUCUGCGAUAGACCACAGAAUGAUGAACUGGCACACAAUUUUUCUGUGGACGGUGAAGGUUCUAGCAUGUCCGCAAUUUACCAACAACAGAUCCUUCACCGAGGACAAGCACACCGGGUAGGCAUCCUACAUUCCCGCCUCUUCCCAGAAUACUGAAAGCGCAUAUUAAGCAUGGACAUUGACA